GAUUUAGUUGUUAUCGCCUGUCAGUUGUUAUUUGAAACCGAUAUACGUUUUCAUUGAAAGUGAAUGAAUCUCCAAAAAAUUAUAUUUGAUGACCUCGACAAUUUACACUCAAAAUUAGACAUUCUCGUCAGAUAUUCUAAAAAUGGUUUCCGUUUGGCAAGUGUACUUACAUUUAGUAAUGAGUUGAAGUUAUUUCAGGAAUACUGUCAGCGAGUCCUGGGACAGAUUGAACUAUGGAUAACAAACGUUUUGCACGCCAGUAGUCCGUAUAAAGAAGUUAGUUUUUGGAUUGAAGACGCCAUUGAUUUUGGAAACACUUUUGAGAGUUUGACAAAGUCACUCACUAUGUUGGAAAAUAUUAUUGAAUCAUCAUACAAACUUAUUUUUACUGCAAACAUAAGUAAUGUGAUAUCAUUUGGUUGUGUGCAGCAGGAAAAAAUGUUUUCUUUCCAAAAGAUUCAAGAAAGAAUCAAUUCUCUACAUUUAGAUUAUUUUUAUGAAAAGUCUAAAACCAAUGUGAUUAGUUCAAAUAGAAGGCGAUUUCAUCUUCAGUAUACAAAGUUGAUAGAAGCAUUGGAUUUGCAUGAUAACUACAGUAGUUCUCCUAACUUGUUUUAUGGAAAUGAGAACACAACAAAAAACUCCAAAAUAGAUCUACAGUACGAGGGCUAUAUUUAUAAAAUGAAGCAUACUUUGUAUAUAGUUUGGAAUCUGUUAACUGAUUGUUACUGGCUUUUAUUGAGUUCGAAAUUGAUCAGUUUUAAUUCUGAUUUAAAGAUUAAAAAUGAAGUGUCUGAUGGAAAAGAUAUGAUAGUUGAUGAAGCUAAUCAUAGACAAAGAGUAUUCAACAGUUUGCUAAAUCAUCUAGCAUGUUAUCAAUGUGUUAUACUACUUAAAAAGAUUCAUCUAAGAUAUAUCCCUUUUAAUGUUAUCUCAUCUUAUAAUAUUCAUGAUGUGUAUCAUAAUUUAUAUUUAAUGAGAAAUGAUGAGAAUAACUAUAUAAGCAAAUUUAUUAUUACCAAUAAUGAAGCAUCACGCAAAUAUUCCGAGUGCCUUAGUUCAGUGUUCGUAAAAUUGGAUAAUGUAUUUAUGGGAUUGAAAGGUAUACAAGAUAACUAUAUGAUUGGUCUGAAUAUGAAUCCAACAGAUUCCUAUGCACCUGUAGAAUUGUAUACAACCGUUUUAAAUAUAACAAUUGGCGUUGAACACGCAACGGAUGUAAAAAGGCUCAACAAUAAUAAAUGUAAAGAAACGUAUUACAGUACAAGUCCAUGUCAUUUUAUUUCAUACUACCGCAGUGAAUUAAUUAUAGCUAUUCAAAGGAAAUCAUACUUUUUGAAGUUUACUGGAAAAAAACUGGUUAAUUCAGACAUCUCACAGAAUCAAAACGAAUUGAUUCAUAGUGAACCAAGCCAACAAGUGAACGAUGGAUGUUUCUAUAGGACAUCUGCUUAUUUUAGUUGGUUUAGACAGCAUGUGAUUCCUCUCUCUUUGGUUGAUGAAACCAUUGAAUCCAUUAAUGAUGAUGAUGGUGAUCUCAACACAAGAAAGUGGGAUAUGUUUAUUAUCUGGCAAGGUCAACUAAAUACAUCACGUAAUGAUGAUCAAAUAAAUUUAGAACAAUUAGACAUUUCUUUGGAUCAUACAAAUCAAUCUGUAUCUAUGGAAUCUUCUCACAUGAAUCUUAAUAUCACUACUAAUACCUCACAAAUAGAUGAAGGUGAUACUUCUGUUAUUGUUUAUGAGGAUAAUGAAGAUACUGAUAACACUGAAAAUGAUAUUACACAAAUGAAUGAUAAAUAUUCACCAGUCUCAACUAUUUCUAAUCUCCUUCAUAUUGACGAUAAUAAAUGUUAUGAAGAUUCAGCUUAUCAAACAUUCCAUACUGAUGAUAAUAUCGAUAAAAUAAAAUGGGAUACACAAUCUAUUAUUGAUUCUCAUGAAACAUUUGGUAUUUUAUCAGAAGUAUCUUCUAUACAGAUAAAACAAAUCCCAAUUGAUCAUGAUGCUCAAUCUUUACUGGAUUCUGACAAUACGGAUAGUAGUGUUGUCUGUAUGAAAACUAAUUUACUAAAAGCUGAUCUCUGUGACGGUUUUAUUAAUGAUAAUAAUAACAAUAAUGAUAAUAAGGAAUUGUCCAUCGUAUCAGAAGAACCUGAACUCCACCAUGUUGAUUGUUGUAACUCUUCGCAGUCUGAUUACAAUGCAUUGGAUUCAAUAACAAGUUCACUAUCCAAGAUAAAUGGUACUACUAAUAAUAUUAAUCACAAUAAUAAUAACCAUGUAGAAGAAAUGAAUUCAAGAGAUAAUCAUAUAGUGGAACCUAAUGGUCAUCAUGAAUUAAUGAGUAAUGAAAAGACAUCAUUCAUACAAUAUAAUUUCAUUAAUUCAUCUCUUACUCAAAUGGAAAAUAAAUUAUGUCAUAUUUCACGGGAACUUGAAGAAAUGGAAAUAAAUGAACAUCUGAGUGAUAAAUAUAUCCAAGAAAUUAACAAUAUUUUUCAAUUAUUAAUUUUGAUUAAAAAAGAUACUUCACAAAUUGAUUACAUCAUGUCAAGUUGGAAUAUGGAUAGAUCUUUAUCAGAAAUUGAUAAUUAUAUAACUCCUAGUACUACAACUAUUUUAUGUGAUGAGUAUGCUGAUCUAUCAAAGUCAACUGGAAAAGUAGAAUCUAUGUUAGAAAUAAGUUCAGAAGAGAAUUAUCAAGAUCAUAUUCCGGCACGUUUAUCAACAUUGAAACAUUUACGUGUUGAUUUGAUGAAACGUUGUGACAGGUUAGUUGCACGCUUAGAGAAGCAAACAAGUAAUUCUGCAGUAAUUAUAAAUGAAGAACUAGAUUUCAUCAGUCAGAAUUUAGUUUCACUUGCUCAUAAACUUGACGAUCCUGACAAUAAUGACUCAUCAAAUGAUACUGGUCCAUCAACCAUUGCCAAUAAAUUAGAGAAACGAAUUACCGAUUUACAAGAAAUUCAAAAAGAAUUCAUAUAUAUUGAAGAUAAUUUACAAAGAUUAAAGUGUACACCAGCAACAAAUUCACUGCCUUGCAAAUCGAUUACAAAACUUGAUUGUAUUGAAAGUGAACUAAGUGAUAUGCAAAUUAAUUUACGAAACAAGAUAAUAUAUUUGAAUAAUUUUCAUGAACAAUACAGUAAAUUAACGACUGCUCUUCAAGAAGAAUUCAAUUGGAUGAAACAACAAGAGAAUGAUUUAAAUCUAAACAAUAUACAGUCAGAAUUAAAUGGUUCACAAGGGAAUAAUAAUUAUGAUAAUAACACUAGCCAUCUAGAACAAGAUAUCACUAUUUUAUACAAUCUUAUUAUCAAAUUAUCACAAUAUCAUCAUCAUAAACUUUUACCAAUGUUGGAAAAUUAUGAUCAAUUAAUGAGUGAUGGUACUAGACCGCAAGGAAUAAUUACAUCUAUGUACAAUUAUGAAGAUAACAUGUACCUACCAAUGAAUAUUCUUAAUUUAUGGGACAAAAUAACUAAAGAGUUAAUGCCAAGGAAAUUCCAUGAAUUGAUUACUAGAUCAUAUGAACGAAUAACUAAAAACUUAACAUCAACUUUUCAAUGUCUACCGACUUUACAAUCAUUUGAACUUUUCUUUCCAAAUGAUAAUUUACCCAACUCGAAUUCUCUUCAUUGUCAUGUAAAUGUGAUUUCAGUAAGUAUAUGUUUAACGAAGGAUCAUAUCAAUAUUAUUCAAGGUGAAAUUGACUGGUUGCAUAAACAUAUUGAACCAAUCAUUAUGAAUGAAGAUAGAUUUAAUUUAUUUACAGAUACUGUUACUAAUACUAUUGCUACUACUAAUAGUACUAAUAAUGUUGGUAUCAGUGAUCAAAUUGUAAAAUUCUAUGAAGUUGAUCAACAUCUAACACAAUUACUUAGUUAUUUUACACACAUUUAUCAACAAUUAUCUGUUUUCUACAUACCAACUAUGGAUAGAUAUCAUCAGACAAUUGAUCAUGCAUCGACUUACAUUAAUAUUAUUCAACGUCAAGUAGAAUUACUCCGAGAACUGGCAUUAUCCAUGAAGAUUAGUAACAAGGAUGAUAAGGAGGAUUGUGAAAGUACUAAUUACGACGAUGAACAAAAUGAAGAUGUAGAAUGUGCUCUAAUUACCUAUGAAAAGUUAGAAACUCUGUGUACUGGAAAAGAACAGUGUUUGGACCUAUUGGAAAAUGUUGAGAAUAAUCAUCAAACUAUUAUUGAUGAACUUGUAAAUAUGGUCAAACAGAUUCAAAUUUCAAUCAAUGAAGUAAUAAAAUCCACUGACAACAGUCAAGAUUAUUCAACGACGAUGACGUCAGCAACAACAAUGCCAGUCAAUACAAUAGCUACCAGUAUAUAUUUGUCAAAACUACUAGAUCCUAUUGAAUCAACAUCACAAAGAUUUCUGUAUUCCAUUUCAGAAAUCCAAAAGUUAAUCUCUGAAUACGAUCAGUUGAUUAUUCAUACAAAUACAAGACAAAAGAUAAUACCUCAAGAAUUAUCUGUCAGUGUGAACACACUGGAUACAGUAGAUUUACAUGAUUCGGAAUUGUUUCAAGACGCUUGUAUACCAUCAGUUAAUAAUUAUCAACACCAUUUUAAUGUAUUCGACAAACAAUAUGAAGAAUUGUUAAAUGAAUCUUUGACAAAUUCUUGGCCAGUUGUUCAUGAUCAUUCCCAUUUGAAUACUGAAAAUCAAUUGAAUGGGCAAACAUCACUAGGCGAUAAUUUAUCGCAAACAAUUAUUCACAGUUGUGAUAUGAAUGAAAAACGUAAUACAGAAGUAAUGAUUUUGAACAAUAUCUUACAAAAAAUAGAUUGCUUAGAAAGUAAUCUUAAAUUAUCCUGUUGUAAUAUAAUGAAUGACGAACUGGUAAAGAGUAGGAUGAGUCAAGUGAGCGAGUUACGAUCUGAUGUAACUGACAAAUUAAAUCAAACAAUUAAGGAAAUGGAACUAGUGCGUAUGAGUAGUCAACAAAUAGAAUAUGCUCAAGAGAAAUUGAAUUCUCUAACAUCUACAUAUAAACAAUCAGGCGAUUCAUUUCAACAUAGCGUAAUCUCUCAAAACGAGGCUGAAUUGGCAACCAAUAUAUUUGAAACAUGUGCUCAUUUAAUUAAAAAACGAUUAUCUGAGAUAAAUCAAGUAAUUGACAAGCUUCAAGAAUUAACUGAUGAAACCAAUCCUACUAAUACAGGUCGUUAUUUACUACAGAAUUUCAACUUUGAUGAUGAAAACAGUACAUUUCUAUCUGAAAUUACGCAUACCGAAAAUAACUUACCGGUAGAUUCAAUAAAUUCUGAUCAAAACAACAUAUCUCUAUCAUAUUUUAAUAUUCCUUUAUGGUAUGAACAAACUAAAGUAAAUGAUGAAGUUGUCAAUUUUCUGGAACAUAUAAAAAAUCAACGUGAACGCCUAUUAUUCGGUUAUGAAUUAUCACAACGUCUUGCUAUAUGGUUAUCAGUAAUACAUCCUAGGAUGACUAAACUGAAAGUGAAAUUUCAACACUUAAGUGUUAAGUCGGAAUAUUUAAAUGGGGAUAAUGAUCUAUGCUCACAUUUGCACGACAUAACCCUGUAUAGACUUGAACUUUUCUCUCAACUACCAAUGUUUCAAUGUAUUCUCAAUGAUGUCAAUGAAUUCAAUGAUGUAAUAUUUCAUUUAACUGAAGACUAUACCACAGACAAUAAAAUAGAUAAUAUUGAACAAACAUUUUUCUCCUGUUUCAAUAAACGUGAACAUGAAACUUCAUUAAAUAGAUCAAUUACCCAUUGCACUGAACAGAAAAUACUAACAAUUAUGAAUGAUUUUAAUAACAUUCUUAAAGAAUCAUCUGUUUGUCUAUCAGCUAUAAGAAAUCGGCUCAUUGAAACAAAUCAGAUUUCAACAGCUCUAAAUGAAUUGUCAAAUUUGCUAGAUGAAUUCAGUUGUUUAGAUGAGAGAUUUGCAAAAAAUUGUAUGAUAGAAGAAGAAUCUCCUAUUAGUUGUACAGAAAAUAAUUUAUCCCUUGUAAAAAACAUGUAUCUAAAUAACUGGACGAAAGUAAAAAUUCUAGAAAUAUGGCAUAAUGAAUUAAAAUCUAUGCAAACUCUACUUAGAACUAUUUCAAAUGGUCGUUGCUUUACUACUGUUACUGCUGAUAAUACUACUACUACUACUGACAAAACAAAAAUCGAAAAUGAUGUUAAACAACUGAAGCUGAAAAUUGAACAACAAUGUUGCCAUUUAAUAAAAAAGAAAACAGAACUGACCAGUAAAAUUAAUCAGGAAAAUAAACUACAAUCUUCAAUUACUGCUUAUUCUGUUUGGUUAAGUCAACUGAAUGAUAAAUUAAUAAAACUUACUAAACCAAAUAAUUUAACGUUGGAUACAGUGAAGAAUACGUGGGAAGAAUUUGAGGAUUGGAAUUUAAAAUCACAAAAGGAAAGCAACUUACGGAUAAAUAAUUUAAUAAAACAACUACCUGAUUCAAUAUUCUAUGGCAUUUUUAAACAAGAUAAAUCAUCGUUUACAAAUAUUGAAGAUUUCAUUCUGUUGAAUAAUAUGAAAAUGAUUAAUGAACUGUAUAGUCAACAAUUACUUUCAUUAGGAAAUAAUACAAUUAAAUCUCGUCUAGAAUUAAAUAUUCUACGUAUAUUAAGACAAUACAUCAAAUUUCAUUUGCAAAGUUUAGAAUCCAAAAAAUUAUGGAAAGUUCAUUUGCAGUUUAUAAAAUACUUUACAACAAAUAUACAAAGAUUACAAUUAUUAUUUGAUGAAAUUCAAGUUAGUUUAUUAAAACUUUAUAGACCUUCAAAAUUAGUUGGACGUUGUACAGAACAAUUGAAUAGUGUAAAGAAUGCUAUUCAAGAACUGAAAACCCACGAAAGAUUAGUAAUUAAUCUUUACAAUUCUCUACCAUUAAUCAAAUCUCUAUGUCAUCCCAUAGAAGUAUCACAGACAGUAGCCACUAUUAAUACAAUGAAACACAAUUUUACAAGCCUCAUGCGUCGAGCAAUAGAACGGCGAAAAAUUCUCUCUCAAGCUUUGAAAGAAGAUACAAGAUUUGAUGUAGCGUAUUAUAGUUUAUUAAACUGGUUCUUAACCAAACUGAAGUUACUCGAGUCUUUUGAAAUACCUACAGUAUAUGAUGAAAACAGUCAGCUGUCACUUAAGACUUUGCAUAGAGAAUUUCAUCAACAACAAUCGGACUAUCAUUUAGUGUUGAGAAUGGGCAGUAAUCUACGUGAACGUUGUACAUCUACAGAUCCAGAAAAGAAUAUUCUAAAUGAGAUGCUUGAAAAACUUCAACUUAUUAAAGGGAAUUAUGGAAAACGUCUGUCGAAGUGUCAAAUUCAAAUCAGUGAAAUGUUAAUUACAAAACGAAAUCCUAAAUCUGCUCUAUCUCGCUUAAAUGAAUGGUUACAAACGAUCGAAGAACAUUUAGGCAUUGAAAAUACUCCUAACAUUAAACAUAAUACUAAUACUAGUACCACUACUGUCAGUAGUUCUAUUAAACCAUCGGGAAAUAAUCAAAGUGAAACCGACAAUUUAAAACACUCAUUAACAACUACUGUUACAGGAUUGUUGGAUAAUUUAACUGAUCCAGCUCAGUAUACCAUGUCUAUUUUCAAUAAUAAAGAAUAUGAAAGUAUUGUUUCUGUUUUGGGUGAUAUAAUAUUUGUUCAAUCAUUAAAUUCAAAUCACUUGAUAUUAGCUGAAGAUUUACGAGAACAUGAAAAAUUAUAUCAGAUACUUGUAAAAAGUGAUCAUAACAAUAAUGAUGAGUUCCUUGAACUUACACAUCGUUUUGUACGAUUAAAACAAGCGUUCAAUCUACGUGGAAAAUGUCUUCAAAUCGCUUCCGAUACUGCCUUAGAAUUAAAUAAAAACUAUUCAAAUUUAAUUACAUGGUUAUUAGAAGUAACUAAUAAAUUGAAUACUAACGAAAUUGAACUUAGUUACGGUACUAAAAGAAAGGUAACUAUCCUACAAAAACAAACAUCAUUUUACCAUUCCACUGAUCUAUACAAACUGAAAUUGAAUAUGUACACAAAAAUACAUCAUCAACAAAUUCACAUCUAUCGACCAAUAUUCAAUCAAUUUGUAAAUGUAUUAAAACGUGUACUUGCUAAAUUACAAGUAGAUAAUAAACAUGGCAAAGAGAUUGUUACUGUUUAUUGUUAUUCGAAAUGUCGAAGGCAAUUCAUUAUUCAAUAUAAACAAAUUGUGAAUUUAUGGCAUAAAAUCGAUCAAAGUUUACAAUGUUUGCGAAUUCAAUUAUUAUCACAGCAAUCGCUGCACGCACUCAUCCACGAUUUAAUUGAAUUUGAAUGUGAGGAACAAUGGGUUGAUCAACAAACACUACAACUGAAUGAAUUAUUGAAAAUAGAUGAGACAAUUUUGCAAAAUCUAUCUAAACAUAUAAUCCCGAUUGACUUGAUUGGAUCAACUGUCGAACAAGAUAGUGAAUUAUUGGCUAAUAUUAGUUGUGGUAAUAGUAGUACUAGUUUAGUCUUGGAUUCAGAGUGCGAUUAUGUUAUUCAUAAUACAAUUAGUGCUGAAUCAAAAGAAUGCGUUUCUAACCUACUAAAUCAUGGUGAUCAUGAAGAUGAUGAUAAUUCUGCGGAUGACCAUGACUAUGAUAUUGAUGGUUCCGUAGAUGAGAGACUGUGUAAAGAUUUAGAAGAGCGAAUCACUUUUGGCAAAGAAAACUUUGAAGCCAUCAAAAACAGAGAACGAAAAAUCUGUGAUUGUAUGAAUGCUUAUCGGAAUCUUUGUGAAAUUAUUACUGAUAAUGAAAACAAUAGUAUGAAUGAUAUCCUUUCUAUUGAUGUUAGUGCUCAAUAUUCACCAAAAAAGGAAUCGGUCAGUGAAAAUUAUAAUAAUGAUUGUUACUACUCACCUGUCCCUACCGAUGCUGAUCGGGAUAAUUGUGAUAGAGCUAACAAAUUAAAAAUCUCUUAUUACAAUCUGUUGAAUCGGUCUAGUCAACGAAUUAAACAAUUGGAAUGCUAUCAUAAAAAAUUACUUGAGCACAAUCUUUUAGUUCAUUUCAAUUUCGAUCAGUGGAAGCAAGGGUACUUACAGUGGAUUGCAAAUCGUCAUUAUCGACUAAGCGACAUAUUUAAUCCUAAAGCCUUAUCGGCAUUACGAACUGACAGACAGCUGUCAAACACAUCCAAUAAUACAGAUGAAAUGAACUCUGAUUUAUUCAAAUGUCCAACACGAUUAUCUAAUGUAUCUACGAAUUCUAAGUCAGUUUAUACUCCGUCUAAAAAAUCAUUCUCUAAUAAUAUCAUAUCCCAAUUAUCUAACAGUCGUUCAUCUCUUCUCCGAUCGAGUAAUGAAUCAUUACAACCGCUCUCUGGCAAUAAGCAUAAACAAAAUGUCAGUCAUAAGCCAGAGGAAGUAAACUGUUCGCAAUUUGUACAAGCAGUUCUACAUGGUAGACCAAAACAUGAUUGGGCAAAUCCUAUUUUCAUCAAAUCUGCAUUUUAUACAAUUGAUCAAGCAAAAAAGGGUAUAGUUACAUGUGAUCAGAUUAUUGAAGCAUUAAGUUCAAAAAAACAGCAUAAACCUUUACCAACUGAUAAAUUAAUUGAACAUGCAAUAAAACAAGAAACUAGUAAAUGUAUUUGUCAACCAAAAUUUCAACCGAGAAAAAUUGGAAAGGAUCGAUAUUGUUUUGGAUCCAGUUCACGAGUUUACUUGGUUCGUUUUUUGAAUAGUACAACGAUUGUGCGAGUGGGAGGUGGAUGGAUGAGUUUAAAUGAGUUCUUGGAUUCGCGUGAUCCGUGCAGAAUUACACAUAAAACAAGUCAUUUUGGUAGUACACCUAUAAAAGCCAAUUUGAUGAAUUUAAAUUCUACUAGUACUAUAAAAACACCAUCUGCUUCAAAACAUGGAAGUCAUUUAGGAUUAAUUAAUGUAACUCCAAUUAAUAAACCACGUAUUACUACGCUAACCAAUACGAGUUCAAAAGAACAAAGAUCUUCUGUAGAAACGUCUUUAACAAGUAAAGAAUGUGAUAUGAGACCAUUAAAUUCAUCAUAUGAUAGUGAAGCAUCAAUCCAUAACAAUUCUUCAUUACUAAAACAAACUGUCCCAACGAAAGCUACCACCUUCGACAGGGCUACCACUACAAGAACAAGUACUAAGAAGAAGAAUACAAACAAAUGAUAACUUGUAAAUUUGAUUCUAACUCAUUAAUUAAUCCCUGUGAAGAAACGGUUUUUUUUCUUUUGCAUUUUGAUGUUUACAAACUGAUUACAUAACAUCUUUUUUGCUUGCUUAAUCCUUCAUUUUUUCAGGAUUUUUAAAAAAAAAUUUACAUAAACAAUUUUAUAAUAGUUCUUCUUGUUCACCCCGGUUCGCUUCUGUCGUUUGUUUUGAAUUAACUAGUGGUUACGACGUUCCUUCUCAUGACUUGAUGUUCCUUGAGUUUUGGAAGGCUUAAUCCGUCAAUCUAUAAAUAUAAUCUCUUUAGUUUGCUAGCAAGAUGUUAACUAUUCAACAGAUUGAUGAUGUUAUUUUACAAGUGUUCUCAUUUGGGUUUUUAUUUUCUGUAUCAUUCCAUUAAGGCUUAUUUUGUAAAAUCAGUCAGGUUAGAGUUUCCCUAUUGUGUUUGUUACUACAUUUACCACUCCAGAAUAAAAUUUGCUUCAGUGUUUUUUUUAAUUACGGAAAUCACUUUUCUAACAAUGUGAAUUUCUUUUAAAUAAACAGUUGAUUUCCCUUAUAAAUCUAUAUGAAUUCUGUUUUGUUGCCGAAAGCAUCAUUUGAAAUAGUCAUGAUCUCAUGUUAAACAAUCCUUCCGAAAGUUAAGCAUCAUUUAUAUAAUAUUGCCGCCGACUGACAGUAACAUUUUGGAACUAACAACAAUCGUACACAAAGUAUGGUCGUGUAUAUUUAACUCGAGGAAGUUCUGUUUGGCAAUCGUAAAAUAAGGUUUCUCGCAAUGGUGUAUUAUAUAGCUAGAUUUAAAACUGAAAAUCUGAGCUAGAAUGGGAUGAUCUACAAUGUUACCUAAUUUAACAAUAACUAUAUUUUUUAUGUAGUUGAGAUUAUGAGUCGAUUGAAGCUAGACCAC